CCUACACCGAACCCUUGGAAUUUCGCUUGAUGGCGCGGGCACAGUCCCAACAGCUGACGCAACGGCCUCCCCCUCCAGAGGAGGAGCCGAGGGCGUGGACCACCGAGCCGCGUGAGAGAAGCCCAUCACCCCACACAGAGUGGCAGGGCCGCACUUUGGACCAGCUUGCAUUGAAUUCUCGGCGGGGAGGUGGUUUGCCCAUCCCUCACUACAAGCGAGAGCCGGAGCCCUUCAGCAGCCACAACUUUGACGCGUGCAGUACUGACUGCAGCGAUGGUAAACCUCAUCAGGAGGAUAUGAAAGAUUCAAAGAAGUUUGCAAACCCAAGCAAAGAUGUUUCAAGUCCAUUAGGGACUUGGCUUCCUGAUGUCUCCGAGGUGAUCUCUCGCUUAAGAGCUGGUGCUGAUGGUUUCUCCAGCACUGAGCUAGAACGAAUCCACAGCGCCUUCCAGCGGUUCAAGGAUCCAGACAAUCCAGAGAUUCACAAGGACGAACUUCCUAAGGUCUUGAUGCACCUGGGAUACACACAGGUCGACGAAGACCACUGCAAGGAAAUGGCUGAUGGCAUCUCCAGGUUUCCUACGCUGGAAAAGGGCGAGUUUGUUUUCUUCAUGGAGAAGCAUGUGGAGUACGAGCUCGAAACCUUCAAGGACAUUUUCGAACGGUUUGAUGAAGAUGGCAGUGGUACACUAGAUGCAGAUGAACUGUGCGUCUUCCUCAUGUCCUUGGGCUUUACUCCGCUGCGAAGCAUUAUCCGAGAGUCCUUGGACCUGGUUGAUUUGGAUGGCAACGGCGUUCUGGAUUUUGAAGAGACAGUGAUCCUCAUGCACGUGUACAGGCAUUCUGAAGGCUUCACCAUCCAGGAGCUUCAAGAGCUGACAUCCGUCUUCAUUGAUCAACAACAACAGGGCAUGCAAACAGGGAAGGUCACCGACGAGAAGAGUCUUCCCGCAGAUCGGCUCUAUUCCUUGCUGCUUCAGUUCUUUGGGCCAAGAGCUGCGGACUUCAGCGUCGAGUUGCAACAGGAGCUCUCUUCGGCAGGCCGAAGGAAGAGCGUUGGCGCUGGUACCACGACCAGCCCGACCGGACCCCCCGCUUUAACCUUUCAAGAAGCGGUCCUUUGGGCCAGACGUUUUCGGGAGAAGAUGUUCACCAACUACAGAGAAGUCUUUGACAAGUAUGACGAUGACCAUUCCAAAAGCAUUGACAUGAGUGAAGUGAAAAACGUCAUCAAGGACUUGGGAUUCACCAUUCCGCAGAAGACGGUGGAUGAGCUUGUCUAUGAGGCUCGAGUGCGAGGCGAUAUUGUGCACACCAACAAUGAAGGCUUGGAUUACGACAGCUUUGUCCAUUUCAUGCAGAUCCUCAAUGAAACGGAUGGUUUUAACCGAGAGGAGAUAGCUCGAAUUGAGAAGACGUUCAAGAAGUUUGACAAGGACGACAGUGGAGACAUCAACUCCAUCGAGCUGAGCGACAUGUUGCGCGAGCUCGGUCAAUGCUCGCGCAUGGAGGAGGUCCGCAGCUUCUUGUCUGCGGUGGACAUCAAUGGCAACGGCGUUUUGGACAUCCGGGAGUUUAUCCGUUUCAUGCGGCUCUUCCGUGAGAAGCAGCUGGCAAGAGUAAAGAUGGUGUUCACAAAGAACGCAGACCAUUUCCAGAAUCCACCCGUCCUGCUGGGCCCAGAGGUGGAAAAUGCCAUCCUCCUGGUCCUUUCAGAAGAAGCAGUGGAGGUCGCGUUGGCUGAUGGUCAGACGUUCGAGAAUCAAAAAUCGUUGGAAUUCGACGAGUUUGUCCAGUUGGUUGAUGAGCUUCGAGAGUACUGCGUUUGGACUACGCGAAAGUAUGCUGGGUAUAGCCAAGAAGAGGUCAGUGGCAUCCAGCUAAUCUUUGACACCUUCGACACCAAGAAGAAUGGCAUGCUUCGGCCAGCUGAGGCCACUGAGCUCCUCAAGACCUUGGGCAUCGAUGUGCGGAGCGUGGAGGAGCGAUUGGCUCUCCAGGAUCAGAUCGCACGUGCUUGUGAAGCUGCGCGAGAAGCUGGUGCCGAGGUGGUCAACCAGCAGGUAAACAUUUGGGUCUUCUUGCAGCUCUUCCGCUCUAUGAGGCGCAAGCAGGACGAAGAGCACGAAAGGAGGCUGAUGCUUGCUUCCGAGGAGGCAAAGUUUAGCUCCCAGGAAGUCAGCCAAUUCCAGGAGGUCUUUGACCAUGCGUGGAUGACCUUCAUCGGAGGAAAUCCAGCGAGUGACCAAAAGCACUUGCCAAGGACUGGCAUCUAUAAGUUGUUGCGAAGCAUGGGGAUCCGAGUUGAAGGAAAAGACCGACAAGCCUUAGACGAGGAGAUUACAAGGCUUUGUGGCAAAGACGGGCUUGAUUUUCCGAACUUUCUCUUGCUGAUGAGAUGGUUGGUGGAUGUGGACUUCGGCCAGAUUUCCACACGCAGCCACUGAUGUUUGCGGCAAAUUUUGCUACCGCAUGGACAGCAUUUGUGCUGUUUUUCAAUGCUUUCCCUGGUUCACAUUCCAGUGCUUGCAGCAUUUCCUCAAGUUUCAUCUCACACGAAAACCCAAGUCCAAAACAUGUAUCUUGAAACAAAGACCGCAGUGGCCC